AAUACGCUCAGCUUACGACGUCGCCUUUUGUCUCUCUGUGGGUCUUCUUCUUCCUUGAACGACGAGAAAUAGUGAGAUCGGAGGAGGAGCAAAACAUGGAUCAAUUCUCAGGAGGAGGUAAUAAUUGGUCGAUGAUCCCAAACGUGCAGGCGCAGGGUAACUACGGUACACCGACGAAUCAUGACCAGCAGCUAUUCAACCUUCAGCAGCAACACCAACAACAACAAUUACAACAGCAGCAGCAACAACAACAACAACAACAACAGUUUCAUCAUCAACAGCAGCAGCAGCAACAAUUCCAGCCACAACAAGAUAUACAGCAAUUUCAGCAAUUCCAACAACAACAACAACACUUCAUUCAGCAACAGCAAUUCCAACAACAACAACAACGGUUGUUACAAUCUCCUCCGCCUCCUCCUCAGCAGCAGCAGCAGCAGCAGUCGUUGCAAUCGCCUCCGCCACCACAAACUAUGGUUCAUACGCCUCAAUCUAUGAUGAUGCAUACACCGCAACAGCAACAACAGAUGGUGCAGACUCCGCAACAGCAUCAGUCUUUAGCUUCUCACUUCCAUCUUUAUCCCAUGGUGGAGAAAUUAGCCGAUGUCGUUGAAACUGGAACACGAGAUCAGAAUUCUGAUGCCCUGGUGGCUGAAUUGAAUAGCCAUUUCGACAAGUGUCAACAGUUGUUGAAUUCGAUUUCAGGGUCACUAGGAUCUAAGACUAUGACUGUUGAUGGCCAAAAGCGAAAUGUUGAAGAGAGUGAGCAAUUGCUUCAACAAAGAAGGGAUUUGAUUCUGGAGUACAGGAAAUCUAUUGAAGAGAUUGUCAAGAUCGAGCCUUAGUUCUUAUAUUGCUUCCAAUAUGUUUUGAUUUUAGCAAAUUUUAGGUACUAAAAAGACCAGUAUCUGUUUAUCAAUAAACCAAUGUUUAUUCAGGAGAAUGUGGUUUUCUUCUAGAAAUAUUUUUAGCUACUAAACAAUAAUAGAUCACAAAGCACCAUGUUUUUUUUUUGUCUGCGUCAGACCAAACCAAAAUCUUUGUCUGUGUGCUUUCUCUAGUUAUCUUUCGUGUGUCUUGUUGGAAACAGUUUCUGUUGAAGAUAUUCUUGAUGAAA